UUUUUCCUUGGGGCAAAUUUGUAAUAUUGGAGAGUAGAAUCCUAGAAAAGUUGUUGUCCAUCUUCCUUUGGCGAGAUGAAUAGAUACUCCUCGCAGUCUUGCCUCUGAACUUGGAAACCUCUCAAACAAUCAAAUUCUGAGCUUCAGAAGUUAUGGGGAAGGACUCCAAGUCUAAGGAUUCUGGAAGCAAGGGAAAGGGUAAACAGGCUGCUGGUGGAAGCGAGGAUGGUGCUUCGAAAGGAAAAGGAAAAGCUGGGAAAGGAGAUGGCCUUGGAACCUGCACAUAUGUUAAGGCAAGGCAUGUCUUAUGUGAGAAGCAGUCAAAGAUUAAUGAAGCAUACAAAAUACUACAGGAAGGCUGGCUGAACAAUGGAGAUAAAGUUCCACCAGCUGAGUUUGCCAAGGUAGCUGCAGCUUACUCGGAAUGCCCCUCGGGAAAGAAAGGUGGGGACCUGGGAUGGUUUCCACGUGGCAAGAUGGCAGGCCCAUUUCAGGAAGUUGCCUUCAAUACCCCUGUUGGAGCUACCAGUGCACCCUUUAAAUCAACACAUGGAUACCAUUUCAUUUUAUCUGAAGGGAGGAAGAACUGAGAUCUCUGAGCAUUUAGAUAGAUACGUGAUAGUGGCAGUUGUAGCAAAGAACUGACUAUUUGGUCGUCUGAUACUUAUUGCUGAGACUGUCUUCUGGUUAAGUUAAUAAAAUACUACUGGUGUGUGGAUUGCAAGUGUAAUGAUAAACUAGUAAAAAUGGCAAUGAUUGGAUCAAAGUAUCUUACUGGCUCAUGUGUGUUAUUAAUGGUUAUUUUGAAGUCUAUGAUCUCAUACUCAGUGAACCACCACAUUGUGAGAAUGAAUUACAAAGUGUGAAUUGUUUGUAGCGCUUA